UCCUCCUCCUCUGCUCUCUGAUCUCAGGUCCUCUAGUCACAGCAGGAGACAGAACUCAGCUCCCGGUCCGGGUUCCGAUCAGAACCGGCUGCUUUAACCAGAACUCUUCAACGUCGGUCCCUUCCGGAGGUAUCCCUCUCCCAGCCUCACCUGGACCCAGAAACACCUGCCGCUGCCAUGAGAGCGGAACCGUGUGAGCAGUAGAACCCUCACACAGCGGACCAGGAACGAAGAACCGGGCCGCCCGGACCGAAACCAUGGAAUCACCGAAUUCUGGAGAGGAGUUCCGUCCUGCACAGGACCAGGACGUUGAAGAGGUCUUCCUGUCGAGGUCUGACCCAGGGAGAAGGAUACGUAAACACCUGCAGGAGAAGCUGGAGCAGCGGCGGUGCCAGCUGUGGGUGGGGCUGGGGCUGCUGCUGACGGCGGCGGCGCUGGCGCUGCUGACGGGACUGCUGGUGUGGCACUUCCACUUGCGCCGGGACGUCCAAGUCAAGAAGGUCUACAUCGGCUCCAUGGGCAUCAGCGACCAGACCUUCACCGCAGAGCAUGAGGACCCCAGCAGCAACCAGUUCAGGAGCCUGGCAGAUCUGGUCAACAAGCAGCUCAAACUGAUCUACAAUGAAAACUCGGUCCUGGCCAGGUACUUCACAAACUCCACGGUCCAGACCUUCAGUCCGGGAGACGAGGAACCCGACGGCGUCGUGGCCUACUACGAGUCGGAGUUCCAGCUCCCCGCGCCGCAGGCGGCGGCGCUGGACGAAGCCAUCGCGUCUCUGGAGGCGGCGGCAGGAAGCCAGCGCAGCGGGCGACUCAUCCUGAAACCCAGCGACGCUCUGAGCAUGCGGGGCGUCUCCUCUGCAGCAGCUCUGGAUCCACGGCUGACCCAGAACUCCGUGUCUGAGAACAAACCGAUCGACGUCCACGUCAGCAGGAACGGCAGCAUCAGCUCUCCAGGGUUCCCCGACACGCCGUACCCUCCCAACACCUUCCAGAGGUGGAGGCUCCGGGCCGACCCGAGGCACCGGGUCCGGCUGGACUUCCACACCCUCAACCUGGAGGACGACCAAUGCCAGAAGGACUUCAUCAGGAUCUACGACUCUCUGGUGCCCAUCGAGCCCCGCCUCCUCACAGAACAGUGUGGAUACCCCCAGGGCUCCCUGUCCUUCGUGUCCUCUGGGAACGUCAUGCUGGUGGUGCUGGUCACCAACAAAGACAAGAACUUCCCUGGGUUCAGAGCCUUCUACUCCCAGAUUCCUGCAGCUGACGGAGAAUGCGGAGGGACGCUGAGCGGAGACCGAGGAACCUUCUCCUCGCCGUUAUUUCCUGCCAACUAUCCGCCUAAAGCCCACUGCACCUGGAAGAUCCAGGUUCCCAAAGAGAAGUUUGUGAAGGUUCAGUUCCAGAAGUUUGCUGUGGGGAAACGUGGAACAUCGUGUCUCGAUGACUACGUGGAGAUCAACGAUGAGAAGUUGUGCGGCGACGUGCCAGCGACCGCCAUGUUCACCACCCAGAGCAACGAGAUGAGCGUCAGCUUCAAGUCUGACGCGUCGCACGUCUACCAGGGAUUCACCGCCGACUACGAAGCCUUCGUCCCGAGCAAUCCUUGUCCCGGGACGUUCAAGUGCAGCAACAACCGUUGCAUCAACCCAACGCGCCAAUGUGACGGCUUCAACGACUGCGAGGACAACAGCGACGAGUUCGACUGCAAAUGCGACGCCAUGCAGAUGCAGUGUAAAAACAACCUCUGCAAAACAAAGUUCUGGAGGUGUGAUGGCAUCGACGACUGCGGCGACAACUCUGACGAGGAGGGCUGUGUGCAAUGCACAGCGGGAGAGUUUUCCUGCAGGAACGGUCGCUGCAUCUCCGACCAGCUGCUGUGUAACGGCCAAGACGACUGUGGCGACGGUUCUGAUGAGUCCAGAUGUCAGAAAUCUCUGCAGCUUCUCUGCUCCAACUUCACCUUCCGCUGCAGGAGCGGCGACUGCAUCAGCAAACUGAACCCAGAGUGUGACGGCGAGGAGGACUGCGAGGACGGUUCUGAUGAGUCCGACUGUGCCUGCGGCAUGCAGCCCUUCCACAGCUCCCAGAUCGUGGGCGGUCAGCCGUCGCGGGAGGGGGAGUGGCCCUGGCAGGCCAGCCUCCACAUCAGGGGUCAGGGACACGUGUGUGGAGCGUCGGUGCUGAGCGACCGCUGGCUGCUGACCGCCGCCCACUGCGUCCAGGACGAGAACGCUCAGGCGGACCAAUGGCUGGCGCUGCUGGGUCUGCACGCGCAGGGCCAGACCAACGAGUGGACGGUGACCCGGAAGGUGAAGCGGAUCAUCGCCCACCAGAACUACGACCACAAGAGCUCCGAUAACGACAUCGCCCUGAUGGAGCUGGACUCCGGCGCCACCCUGAACCAGUACAUCUGGCCCGUCUGCCUGCCCUCGCCCACCUACGACUUCCCAGCGGGCCAGGAGGCGUGGAUCACCGGCUGGGGCGCCACCAUGGAGGGAGGUACCGCUGCCAACAUCCUGCAAAAGGCAAAGGUCCGGAUCAUCAACGGCACGGUGUGCGUGAACCUGCUGCAGGGCCGCGUCACCGACAGCAUGCUGUGUGCCGGCAUCCUGAAAGGAGGCGUGGAUGCCUGUCAGGGCGACUCCGGCGGACCGCUGACCGUCACCAACGCCGCAGGGCGGUUCUUCCUGGCCGGCGUGGUGAGCUGGGGCGAAGGCUGCGCCCUCAGGGACAAACCCGGCGUCUACACCCGCAUCACCAGGUUCCGCAGCUGGAUCAAGCAGCACAGCGGAGUUUAGCUCCAGCGGGACUCUGCUUGUCCUUGGCUGCUUUUCCCAGACCAAGAUGUCCUCCAUCACCAUCUCCAUGGGUCCAGAUGUUUAAAGCUGCUGGUCUGACCUGCAAUCGUCUCUGGUUUCUAACGAGAACUGAAGCAGAUCUGCUCCUAAAUAAACGUCAGCUUGAUGACCCGGAUCCUCGGUUUCUGCACAGCUGCAUCAGGACAUGAAUCCAGAUGUGGGGAAGAUUUAAACCUUUCAUGGUCUGUCCCCGCCCUGCUGUCCUAGUUAAAGUACCGGUCCAGAAAAAACAUUUUUUGCUUUGGAUUUUUAUUGUGAGCAAACCGCGUGCAGCACAUGGUUCUGGACCGCAGUCCUCCAGAACAGUGACGGGUUCUGGGAGGCUCCUGGGAACUUUAUUACAGCAGAACAUGUUCUCUUUCUUGAUCGGGUCUUUCUGUUUAGAAUCUUGUGUUUUUUCUGCUUUUUGAAGCAUUUUAUUUGGUUGUUUGUGGUGUUUGUUUCUAAAAUCUUUAUAUUUUCCGUCUCUCCUGCCUCCAACCUUCAGUGAUGCUGUGAUUAAUCAGAACCACAGGCUGAUUCUGGUCUUUAAGAAUAUUCAUUUUGCUUUUAAUUUACUUUAUAAUAAUAAUAAUAAGAAGAAUAUGUUUUAAAUGUCUUGAGAGCAAAGUGGAACAGAAAUAAACGUGAUAAUUCUG